AUGGAGUUUCAAGACAUCGUUGCCGGUGGUAGCUUUGUUAGCUAUGCGCUGCGACACCCUCUGGAGGGUCUGUCAAGCUUUGGGCCGACCCUGAGCGAGGCGACAUUCGGGCUGUUGGGUUCGUCAUUCAAUCCAGAGCGCGAUAUUUCUGGAAUUGAGGGCAAGACAAUUUUUGUGACUGGUGGCAAUGCAGGCAUUGGCCGAGAGACGGUCCUUCAACUUGCAAAGCACCGCCCAGCUCGCAUAUACCUCGCCGCGCGCACAGAAAGCAAAGCACAACAAGCCAUCGCAUCGAUACAGGAGCAACUACCAUCCCCAGUUGACAUCCGACACAUCCCACUCGACCUAUCCUCCUUCAAGUCGAUCCGCGCAGCAGCAGCCAAGUUCCAAGCUGAUGGCGACCGGCUCGAUAUCCUGAUUCUAAAUGCAGGUACUAUGGGCAAUCCGCCCGUCAAGACAGAAGAUGGCUUUGAGAUUCAAUUCGGCACCAACCACGUCGGCCAUUUCUUGCUCACAAAGCUGCUCUUGCCCACCCUGAAGAAAACAGCUACCGAUCUCCAGGCAAGCGGGACAACACCCGACGUUCGUGUCAUAACCUUGUCCUCCGUGGGACAUGUGACGAGUCCCAACACGCUGGAGGGAAUGACAUCCACGCCUGAGCUUUUGGCCGGCAGCACCUGGGUUCGAUACGGAGCGUCAAAGGCAGCUAAUAUCCUCUUUGCCUCGGAACUUGCUCGACGACAUCCGGAGCUGCUUUCUGUAGCUGUGCAUCCCGGCGCGGUGAAUAGUGAUCUGUACGCGCACGCGAAGUCGAUUAAUGCCGUUAUUAAGCAGUCGCUCAGUCUGACUACGUCUUGUUUCUUCCGCAAUAUUCCCAGCGGGGCCUUUAAUUCUCUCUGGGCUGCGGGUACUGCGAGGGAAAAAUUAGUUAAUGGCGCUUAUUACACCCCCGUUGGGUAUCGUAGUAACGGGACUGCAUUCGUUCAGGAUGCUGAUGUUGCCCGGGGACUUUGGGAAUGGACCGAGGCUCAGAUUGCUGAACGAGAGUGA